AACGGCCGCGGCUAUGUGUACACUGGAAACGUGAGCACGACAAUCUUCGGCAGGACCUGUCAAAGGUGGGACUCGCAAGAGCCGCACGAACACAACCAGGACGUGGCGGAAUACUUCAUGGAUGUUUCCAUGAAUACAACUGAGAACAAAUGUCGCAAUCCGACGAAUCCUUUCAUUCCCAGAAAUUGCUGGUGCUACACAAUGGACGCCAAACAAAGGAGGGAAUACUGCGAUGUUCCGUUCUGC